AGGUUCUCGGCGCCCGGCCUGCGCCCCGCCUUCGGCCGCGCGCCCGGGGCCGGCGACAGCUCCCCGCGCCAGCGCCGCCGCGACCAGGCCUUCUUCGCCGACUUCCAGCGCCUGCUGGGGGUGGCCGUGCGCCGCGACGCCGGCCUGCCGCCCUCCGUCUGCAACAAGUGUCAUGCCCAGUUCUACAAGUGCCGCGGCCUGCUCAAGACCUUCCUGCAGCGCGUCAACGCCGCGCCCCGCGCCCGCGCCUGCACCCCGCACCAGCCCCCACACAGGAGCAGUGACGUCCAGGCCCAGCCGGGGACGGAAGAAGGAGCCUCCUGUCUGGUGGACCUGAUCACGUCCACCCCCCAGUGCCUGCACAGCCUGGUGACGUGGACCCACACCCACGCUGGGGGCUGCCCAUCAGUGCCAGCUCUGCAGAGCGUGCUGUCGUCUGAGUACUGCGGGAUCAUCCGCGCUGUGUGGGGUUGCGGCGAUGGGCACGACUACGUCAUGGACAUGGACUCGGACUGCAGCACCGUGCUGGUGGAUAACGCCUUGGCCGUGAAAUGGGAGUGGGACAAAGGCGCAGCCCAGCGCCUGACGGACAACGGGGCCGGGACGGAUGCGGCUCCCACGCCCCAGCAGGCCCCUGCGAGGACGGCGGUUUGCCAGGUGCCAGGAAGCAAAGGGGCUGCAGCGGCACCGAGCUCGGAGACCCCGACGUCACAGAGCGGGGAUUCAUCUCGCGCGCAGCUGGAUGGCGUGGCCUCUCUGCAGGAGAAAACACUGCCCCUGGCGGCCUCUCCGCUGAGCGGUGCCCCAGGACAGUUGAGUGGGAAGCAGGUUCUGUCUCCAACGUCGGAUGAGCGGGUAAAAGACGAGUUCAGUGACCUUUCUGAGGGAGACUUCUUGAGUGAAGAUGAAAACGAUAAGAGAAACGCACCGUCUUCAGACGAUUCCUUUGAGCCUUACUCAGAAAAGAAGGGGUCUAGCAAAAAGAGUGAAAGCAAAGAUGCAAAGAAGGCAGAAGAGCCGAAAAUAAGGAAGAAGCCAGGGCCCAAGCCAGGCUGGAAGAAGAAGAUCAAGUGUGAAAGAGAGGAGCUGCCUACCAUUUACAAGUGUCCUUACCAGGGAUGCACGGCUGUGUACAGAGGGGCCGACGGCAUGAAGAAACACAUAAAGGAGCAUCAUGAGGAGGUUCGGGAGAGGCCCUGCCCGCACCCCGGGUGCAACAAGGUGUUCAUGAUCGAUCGGUACCUGCAGCGCCAUGUGAAGCUCAUCCACACAGAGGUACGCAAUUAUAUCUGUGACGAAUGUGGGCAGACCUUCAAGCAACGCAAGCACCUCUCAGUCCAUCAGAUGCGCCACUCGGGAGCAAAGCCUCUCCAGUGUGAAAUCUGUGGCUUCCAGUGCAGGCAGCGGGCGUCUCUCAAAUACCACAUGACCAAACACAAAGCAGAGGCAGAGCUGGAGUUUGCCUGCGACCAGUGCGGGAAGCGCUUUGAAAAGGCCCACAACCUGAACGUCCACAUGUCCAUGGUGCACCCCCUCACCCAGAAUCAAGACAAAGCCAAGCCACUGGAGCCGGAGCAGAUCCUCCUCUUGAAUGCUACGGGGACUGCAGAGAGCCAGGCGGUGAAGCCGGAAGUGACUGCCCAACAGGAGCCCACCUGAAGGGCAGCUGGGUGUCCUGGAUAUCUGGCUUUGUAGAAACCGUACUGCAGCGUGGGGAUUUCUCAUCGACAUUUCACUAGUCUCCAAAAGGACUCGGGGGAACUCGCUUCAGCUUGCUCGGGAAAAAAAAACAAAACAAAAAAACAAGAAAGCUUUGACCAUGCUGUGAUUCUCCGUGCUUCUGUCUGAUUCAGCAGUGUCGUCCUAAGCAAUCACCGUCUAAUCUAAGGAAGCCAGGGGUUCAGUCCCCCUCCACCCACAGGCUGAUCCAACCCCGUCGUGCUGCCCCUGGGACGUAGCUGCACAAACCACAGGCCCCUCCGGCGCUCCCCGGCAGGUGGCGUUGAGGGUCCAGGGGGCCACGAGCGACUCCAUCAGAUCUGGGUUUUAAAUGAUCACGAUUCCCAAAGUCUAAAAUUUGUAACCGACUUUUUAUUGUAACGAGAGCUUCAUGGUUAUGCUUGUAAUAAAUUAUUUACAGAGGAAA